GAAACUUGUGUUAUAUCAUGUAGGAAACUGUAUAAUAGGUUUGGACUGUCAGAACUUUGCAUUAGUUUUAGAUAAUAAUUUGUAUUUAUUUAUUGAUAUUACUGUGGAGAUAAAUUAAAGUUAAAUUGAAAAUAUAAGAAUCAGCAUUAGAGCUCUACUAUUGAUUGAGGAUACGGUUGUAGAUUUCAAACCAGGAUACAUAUGCAGUGUCCUUAUAUAAACCAGGAAGAUGGUAUAGAUAUGUGGAAUGAAUCCAGUAUGCAAGUUGGAGCACUUUAGUGACAACUAACUAUAUAGGUUAUUGCAUAAAGUGGGAAGAAAAAGUUGUGAAAAAAAAUUGAAUAAAGCUAAAAUGGCAUACUUAUUGGUUUGUGUAAAAACAGAUGAUACUAUUUAUGACCGAGCGGUGUUUAGUAAAGAUCUUGCUCCUGUGAAAUUUGACACGUCGGAGAUGGGGCUUGCCUUACGGCAUGACCCGUGCACAAAUUCUGCUCAGUACUUUGUUAUACAUAGUCUAUCAAAGCCAAGAACAAUAUCUGGGCACCAGCAUGUCUCAGGGAACUCAGGGAGGGAAGUUGGAUAUAAGAACCAGUCCACAUCUGAAACUAGUCAAGAAAGUGACACUAGGCCUGGAACCAGUCAGGCAGGAUCUGAAUGCAGCCUUUCUUGCACUUGCAGUAAUGAUGAAAACAUCCAAAGUUCUUGUAAAUCCUGUGAUAAGACCAUUACCCCAAAGGUGUCCUUGGUGUUAUUAGAUAUUGAAUAUAAAAUAGUAACAAAACUGAAGUCGGAUGUAGCUUACCAUAGUUUCAAUCAGAUGGUACGAUCUGGAGUGUUUAGGGAAGGAUUUGUGAACUUUAUCAGAAAGAGAAACAAAUUGAGAUAUGUGAGACAUAAAGCCUGUUCCUGUGAAAGUGUGUACAAUGCUUGUGACCUCAGUAUAAACCUGCCACGGCUGUUGGAAGUUUGCCUUGAACCUGCUCAGGCUGAUGUAUGCUAUGCUUGGAAUGAGAAACUAAUAGGGUUAAUUCGGAAGCGGAUGAUUCUGGAGGAGACAAUGGCUUGGUUAUCUACCCUUGGUGGUGGAUACUCUUCAUUGGGAGACUAUUUUGAACAUUUUUCGGAGGAAGCAGGAAAAUUGUCACUUACUCAGUUGAGUAUUGCCGUGGAGAUGGGAGAUCCUGUAAUGGCCUCAAAAUGCCGCCUCUUCUAUGCUUUAAGUUUGAUGCAGAGAGGUCCGCUUUCACAAAGCAAGAAGUUAAUCAGGGAGGAAUAUCAUUUUGCUACAAAUUUCAAGGUCAGGGACCAGAAGUUGAUAGAUAUGUGUAGGGGAAUGUGGAGUAAACUGAGGUAUCUUUAUUCUAGAAGACACAGACGUAGGCUGAGUUCAAUUUCUUGUGAGGAAACCGCCACUACCAGCACAGAUCACCAUGGUAACCUGGAGAGUUGCAGACUUCAUGAUGAAGAAGUCGCACAUAUAUAUACUCAAGGAUAUAUAGAGAAGUUUGACACUGCUACCAGUGAUACUCUUCCUUCUUGCAGUGAGAAGCUCGCCACUACUACCGUCAUGGAUCACCGUGACAACCAAAUGACUUGUAGACUAAAUGAGAUUGAGACUGCUUGAUUUUUACUACAAUGAGAUUCAAGCUCCUCACAGCGGUUAACUCCCCUUGCGUUCAUUAUAACCGCUGCAUUCACAAGAUACCACAUGACAAUGAGAAAGUCACAUGACACUGUGAAAUAGCAGGGAUGCCAGAGUAACAAAUUCUGGCAGCCUAUUUCAUUUCUCAAAUGUCCAAUAGAUAUUUUUGACAAAAAUCACUUCAAUUUGUUAUUUGAACAAUUAUGUGCGCGAAUAUAACCAUCUAAAUGCGAAUCAUGCGAUUUUAAAUAAAAAAAAAAAUAACCAAAUCCAGUUAAACGACUCAUGAUGGCAGUGAUUUGAUGUACCAUUAUUCAAGGGGAAGUAAUCGCUGCAGGGAGUUUGCAGUGAGAUUAAGACAUAGAUUGUUUGUUAGCUCGACUAUUCGAAGAAUCGGCGGCGUCGGCGUCACACCUUGGUUAAGUUUUUGCAUGCAAGUACAUACAGCCAUCAAUUAAAGGCAUAUAGCUUUGAAACUUAUUUUAUCUUUUUCUAGGUCAAUUACCAACCUCUCUGGGUCAAGUCCCAUAACUCUGACAUGUAUUUUGAGCAAAUUAUGCCCCCUUUUGGACUUAGAAAAUUUUGGUUAAAGUUUUACAUGCAAGUUACUAUCUCCAAAACUAAUGCAGAUAUUGAUUUGAAACUUCACAUGUGUCUUCGGGGUUAUAAAACUAGUUGAUAGCAGCAAGUCCCAUAACUCUGACCUUCAUUUUGGCCAAAUUAUGCCCCCUUUUGGACUUAGAAAAUUCUGGUUAAAGUUUUGCGUGCAAGUACAUACAGCUAUUUCUAAAAGGCAUAUAGAUUUUAAACUUAUUUUUUUCUUUUUCUAGAUCAAUUACCAACCUCACUGGGUCAAGUCCCAUAACUCUGACAUGUAUUUUGGGAAAAUUAUGCUCCUUUUUGGACUUAGAAAAUCCUGGUUAAAGUUUUGCGUGCAAGUACAUAUAGCAUUUACUAAAAGGCAUAUAGAUUUGAAACUUUUUCUUUCUUUUUCUAGAUCAAUUACCAACCUCACUGUGUCAAGUCCCAUAACUCUGGCAUGUAUUUUGGGCAAAUUAUGCCCCCUUUUGGACUUUGAAAAUUCUGGUUAAAGUUUUACAUGCGAGUUUCUAUCUCCAAAACUAAUGCAGAUAUUGAAUUAAAACUUCACAUGUGCCUUCGGGGUUAUAAAACUAGUUGAUAGCAGCAAGUACCAUAACUGAUAUGCAUUUUGGUCAAAUUAUGCCCCCUUUUGAACAUAAAACUCUUUUGAUAUUUAACCUUUUUGGGUAAUAUUUUCCUGCUUCUGGGACAAUAUUUCGAAUAGUCAAGCUUGGCUGUCUUACGGACAGCUCUUGUUUUUGUGAUGUAGUUUAGUUUCCGUAUUUAUUAAGUUUUGCUGUGAAGAAACGGUGAAGCUUUAAUGACACACUCUGGAGUUUGCUUUCUAGGAAAAUAGUUUACUUAAGGUAUCUGAUCAACAAAUAAGCAAGUUCUAUAUAACAAAAGCUAUAAAAAUAUAUCGAAUACUGAUGCCUGGUAAGCUCAUUGAUUUUGGUAUCAUUUCAAAGUGUAGUGUCCACUGAAAAAGAAAAUAUAAAUUACAUGGCAAAAUAUGUUGUAAAAAUAUAUUUGUUUUUACUUUAUAGUUUUCAAUGAUACUUCAACAGAAAUCCAGUCAUUACAGUGUAAGAUUUAUCAUUUCACAGUCAAAAAACAUGACUGUUGUGAUUCGUGCAUAUUACGAUCAUCUUAUUUAAUAUUUCUGUUAAGCAGACACACCUCUUUCAAAUGAUACCAAAAAAACAUGGGGUCACCAGCCAUCGAAAAGUUAUCUAUUUGUGGGUUGGAUACCUUAAUAUGUCUAAUGUUAGGAGUGGACAUGCCUCCAGCAUGAUCGGAAGGGUUGAUAAUCAUUUUGAUUCACCUUACAGAUCAGUGUUAGAUUAUGCUUUUAUAUAUAUAUAUAUAUAUAUAUAUAUAUACCGGUGAGAUUCUGAGGGAUUGAACUAUUUAGUAUCCAGAGUGAAAAACCCACUGAGAAUAACAGAUUUACUUCUUUCCAUCUCAUUUUUGUUCAGUUGACAUUCAUUCAUGGAUUUUCAAAUUACUUGGUAGAAACAGUUACUAUAACCCGACAAUGUGUCAUCAGCAAAAUCAAGCUCAAAGGUCGAGGUCUUUUUUUCACAUAUAUUUACAGUCUAAAACCUUUUGUGCAUGGAUGAAUAUUAAAAUGACACAGCACUUAAACAUUCAUACUAAGAUGAUGAUAAAUCACAUCAAAGAUUUAAACUUCAAGCUAAGUCUCGAAUAAUUUUCAAAAUCUUUUUUAUGUCAAGACUUGAAGUUAUUAGCUCAUAUGAAAAAGUGCUCAAGAUAAGGUAAUUGCCCUAUAUCAGUAUUCCAUUGUCUAGUGUCAUCAACAGUUAUACUGCUUUAUAGGUUGCAGUUUCGGGCCAGUAUUAAAAUCAAUUAAAAAGAUUACCUCAAUAAAAUCACAGUUAAUCAGUACUGGGUCAUCUUCGGUCAAAAACUGGAUUGCUAGGUCAAAUUAUUGAAACAAAUUUUCGCAUUCUGGAAACACAUUUUAUACUUCAUGUCGGAAUUUUGUCGUUAUGAAAUCUUGGUCAAGUUCUAAAUUUGAUCUGCAUUCAUCAGAGUUCAAGGGUCUGAACCUUAAAAAUGGCAAAUAUUCAAGCUGGCCUAACUUGGUUUAUAGCAAAUCUAUGCUAAAGAAUAUUUUUUAGAAUUUUCUAAAGCUACAGAAUGAAUAUUCAUGCAAAGUUUCAUUGCUUUCUGUGCUAAUUUAAUGACAGAGGAAAAAAAAUUUAGCUUUAUAAAAUCUUAAGUCAUGGGUCUAUACACUGCAAUACUUAAUGACUGAAAUGGAGACUUAAGAAUAUCAAACAUCCAAAUUGCCACAAUUUUGUUUAUAGUUUAUCCAUACUAAUGAAAUUUUCAAGAGUUGUCUGUACCUAUAUAAUGAAUAUUCAUGAAAAGUUUCAUUACUCUCUGUAUCAGUUUAACAAAGAACAAUUUUAAAAACUGACAACUGGGGAUGGCAGCUAAUAGCAUUUUUGGUAGUUAGAUAUUAUGUCAGCCUUCCAUAUGAAUACUUUAAUAUUUGGUGAUCAACUGAUCAACAAAAUAACUCAAAAUCUUAUGUGUUUGGAUCAAAACUUACCGGCUGACAUGCAUAAAUUCUACUUUCGUUUUUUGGAGAAAUUGUGCAGAAAAUGACAAGUAAAGACAGAUUCAGUUAACACAUUAUCAUUUCUUACAGUGAUGUAGCCCUGAUGUAAGUAAGGUUCACUCAGGUCUUUGUAGGUCUACAGGUUUACUCAACAAAAAUUACACAUAGCUGUUAAAACACCUCGGAAAAGUGACAAACAGUUUUUAUGCUAGAAUUUAUGACACAGCCUGAUCUUUAAUUAGAUGUUAUUUUGCAUGUGUUUUUUAGCUCGACUAUUCAUAGUAUAGUAGAGCUAUUGGACUCGCCCAUGCGUCGGCGUCCGCGUCCCGAUUUGGUUAAGUUUUUGUAUGUAAGCUGGUAUCUCAGCAACCACUUGUGGGAAUGGAUUGAAACUUCACACACUUAUUCACUGUGAUAAACUGACUUACAUUGCACAGGUUCCAUAACUCUUGUUUUGCUUUUUUACAAAAUUAUGCCCCUUUUUUGACUUAGAAAUUUUUGGUUAAGGUUUUGUAUAUAAGCUGGUAUCUCAGUAACCACUUGUGGGAAUGGAUUGAAACUUCACACACUUAUUAACUGUGAUAAAAUGACUUGCAUUGCACAGGUUCCAUAACUCUAUUCUGCUUUUUUACAAGAUUAUGCCCCUUUUUCGAAUUAGAAAUUUUUGGUUAAGGUUUUGUAUGUAAGCUGGUAUCUCAGUACUCACUAAUGGGAAUGGAUUGAAACUUCACACACUUGUUCACUGUCAUGAUCUGACAUGCACUAAGUAAGCCCCAUAACUCUAUUUUGCUUUUUUUACAAAAUUAUGCCCCUUUUCCAACGUAGAAAUUUUUGGUUAAGUUUUUGUAUGUAAGCUGGUAUCUCAGUAUUCACUAAUGGGAAAGGAUUGAAACCAUGGGUGAAAGUUAAUUUUUAGCUCGACUAUUCGAAGAAUAGUCUAGCUAUUCUACUCACCCUGGCGUCGGCGUCGGCGUCGGCGUCGGCGUCACACCUUGGUUAAGUUUUUGCAUGCAAGUACAUACAGCUAUCAUUUAAAGGCAUAUAGCUUUGAAACUUAUUUAUUCUUUUUCUAGGUCAAUUACCAACCUCACUGGGUCAAGUUCCAUAACUCUAACAUGUAUUUUGAGCAAAUUAUGCCCCCUUUUGGACUUAGAAAAUUCUGGUUAAAGUUUUACAUGCAAGUUACUAUCUCCAAAACUAAUGCAGAUAUUGAAUUGAAACUUCACAUGUGUCUUCGGGGUUUAU